UCAUCCCAUCCUCUUUCUAUCUCUACCUCUCCCUACCUUCCCUUAACUGUACCUCUUCUCUCUAACUAAAACCUUCUCUUCCUCUCUCCAGAAUGGCUGAGACUCCCUCAAAACGCCAGAGAGAAGAAACCCAUGAAGUCCCAGACUGUGAGGAUGACUCAAAGCGCCACAAGUCAUACAACCAUAUACUCUCUCUCCUCGAAGAUGAAGAAGAUGAACCUAACCAAGACUUGUCAGUCAUCUUCUCAACCCUCCAACAAGAGCUCUCUUGUGACUCAACCAACUUCGACCCUUUACUGGGUCCCACGUCAGAGGCGGACCCAGACCACCAAAGGAGAGUCUCAGCCACCUCUGAGUGUAAAGUAGAUGAAGAAGAUGACAAAGAGAGGGUCAUUAGACACCUUCUUGAAGCCUCUGAUGAUGAGCUUGGGAUACCCCACAGAACAGACGGUGGUGAUGAGAAGAUCAACGGCGGAGACCACACCUUCUCUUUGUGUGAUGGGCUUUGGGAGUUUGAAGAUGAGGCUGCAUACUACUAUGAGUUGUUGCAGUCUGAACUUUUCAUGUAGUUUGUUUGGGGUUAGAAUGGAAAAAAGUUAAUUUUAGGGAAGUGUAAAGAUUAAAAGAGAGAGAGGAAAAAGGAGAAACUGAGGUGUUUUAGGGGUUUCAUCUUGCUUCCCCUCUCCUUUUGCAUAAUUUCAAAGUGAAACCCCAUUGUAAUUUAAUUAGGCUACCUUGCAACAUUGAACUUAGAUGGUAUUUUUCUUUCUAAAACAGCUAAGUGAGAAAGGAUAAUAUUCAUUCUACUUAAUUUACUGAUCUAAUAAAUCGUGG